AUGCUUCCUCCUAUUCCCGUCUUGUCCGAUUAUGGAAUCUCGCCUAAUCAUGGAUUUCUGCCCGACGUACUCCCGUUGACUCGACUUCCGGACCCCUACUAUAAUAAGUGGGAGGCAGUCGUCGCCAACCUUCAGGCACUGGUUCUCAGUCGUCGACUUCGCCCAGUUGUCGACCGCUUGCCAGUCCUCUCUACCAUCGGUCUGGAACACGACGCAGAAUGGCGGAGAGCCUACUCUCUGCUGUGCUUCAUGGCACAUGCCUACGUAUGGGGCGGCGAUGAACCGUGCGAUCAGCUGCCGCCAGCCAUCACUAUUCCCCUCCUCGAGGUUUCUGGUCACUUGGAGCUGCCCCCGGUUGCCACCUACGCCGCUCUGUGUCUCUGGAACUUCAAGCCUCUUUUUGUUGAUGAGGACAUCGAUAAUCUUGAAAACCUCGCCACACUCAACACAUUCACCGGUUCUCUCGAUGAGUCAUGGUUCUACCUCGUCUCCGUUGCCAUCGAGGCACGCGGCGCUCCCAUCAUUCCACUCAUGCUUACCGCAGUAGCUGCCGCUCGCCAAGGAGAUGGCGCUACUGUGGCUCGUUGCCUGCGUACCUUUGCGGAGCGUUUGACCGACCUCACCAACAUCUUGCAGCGUAUGCACGAAAGUUGCGACCCAAACAUAUUUUACAACCGCAUCCGCACCUUCCUUGCUGGUAGCAAGAAUAUGGCUGAAGCCGGCCUCCCCAACGGAGUCAAUUAUGAUGACGGCUCUGGUAAGGAAGACUAUCGCCAGUACAGUGGCGGUAGCAACGCUCAGAGCAGCUUGAUUCAGUUUUUUGACAUCAUUCUUGGAGUCGACCACCGCCCGACUGGCGAAAAGCGUGAUCCCUUUUCCGAAUCGGAGCGUGAGUCUCGGGCUCCCAUCCCAAGGCACAACUUUAUCAUGGAGAUGCGCCGCUAUAUGCCUGGGCCUCAUGCUCGUUUUCUUAAGGAUGUCUCAGGCGUUGCCAAUAUCCGUGAGUUUGUAGAAUCUCAUAAGCAGGACAGGCAGCUAUGCUUGGCGUACGAUGCCUGCCUCGCCAUGCUGAGUGCUUUUCGCGACAAACAUAUCACCAUCGUCACUCGGUACAUUAUCUUGCCCUCACGAGAGGUACGCGCCCGUAGCAGGUCGAGAAGCCCCGAAGCCGCACGACAACGCAUCAAUUUGGCCACCGCCUCCCGCCAGCGCCAGUCAAAUGCCCAGGGCAAUAAUUUGGACACCAACGGAAGUAACAAAAAGCUCAAGGGUACCGGCGGAACCGCUUUGAUUCCCUUCUUGAAACAGGCGCGAGAUGAAACAGGUGAACCAGCCAUCGAGGAAUGGACUCGCCGAUUCAUGAGUAGGGCAAACAAGUCGGAAGGCAAGGGAGACUUCUUCUUAGGCAAACCUGAGCUGCCUGCCCCCGGCGUUGAGGUCGGGGUCAGUGGCUUGGCUGGCACGUGGACGGUUGAUGACGAUGUUGGCGGUAUAUGUCACUAUUGA